UCGAAAGUCGCGCGCAUUGGAUAUUCGGUGUGCUCAUGCCACAAAUUUAUGCUCCUUCCCUCCCAUGCUGUCGUAAUUCGACAUUCGUAACCAGUCAGCUGCUGGAUAUACUGUUGUCUUAUAUUUUGCUUGCGUGCUGGGAGGCGAGCUUACCGAAGUGCAAUGCAAGUACAGCUUGAAAUAGAACUUGAGAGGAGAACAGAAUUAGACAUAUCACCUCGAGAAUAAAUUAGCGUCAGUUUGUACCUUGAAACAAUGAACGAGAAAAGUCACCCCAAAAGUAUAAAAUUACCAAACACUAUAGAAGUGUUUGGUAAUUUAAAAAAUGCCAAAAGAUUUGCCAUUGACAUUGGUGGCUCUCUCACAAAAAUUGCUUAUUAUUCUACUGUACAGUACAGGCGAGCCUUGUAUGAUGUUGAUAAGGAAUAUGGCCCAUCACAGUCAGAAGAUAGCCAUCAACACUAUGAAGUUUCUCAAGGAGCCCGGUUACACUUCAUAAAAUUUGAAACCAAGUACAUUGAGAAUUGUUUAGAUUUUGUCCAUGCCAAUCUUAUGAAUACUCAUGAGAAUAUGACUGGAAAAGUUAUCAAAGCUACUGGAGGUGGUGCUUAUAAAUAUACAGAACUUCUUAAUGAAAAAUUAGGGCUUUCUGUUGAUAAAGAAGAUGAAAUUAGCUGCCUCAUAAAAGGUUGUAACUUUUUGCUCAAGAAUAUACCUGACGAAGCAUUUGAAUAUCAUCGUCAUGGCAAUCCAGAGUACAAAUUCCAAAAUGCUGAUCCAAAUAUAUUUCCAUAUUUGUUGGUAAAUAUUGGAUCUGGUGUUAGCAUAAUGAAGGUGAUGUCUGAUGAUUCUUACGAGAGAAUUGGUGGAACAGCUACUGGUGGAGGAACAUUUUGGGGCUUGGGCACUCUACUUACAAAAGCCAAGGGUUUUGAUGAGUUGCUGGAAUUAGCUGAAAAGGGGGACCAUCGCAAUGUGGACAUGUUGGUUAAGGACAUCUACGGCGGGGACUACAAAUCGAUGGGCUUGCCUGGGGAUCUGAUUGCUUCUUCGUUUGGCAAAGCGAUGCAUUCUCACAAGGAUCGCAAUUUUAACGCAGCAACACAGUUCUCAGAAGCAGAUGUGGCCCGCAGCUUGCUCUUCACAAUAAGCAACGAUGUGGGUCAAAUCGCCUGCCUGUACGCUAUGAUGCACAAACUGAACACCGUCUACUUUGGCGGGUACUUCUUGCGGAACCACCCGCUGAGCAUGCACACGGUGUCCUUCUCCAUCAACUACUGGAGCCGGGGCCAAGUGAAGGCCCUGUUCCUGCGGCACGAGGGCUACCUGGGCGCCAUCGGCGCCUUCCUCAAGGGGGCGGAGGAGUGCGACGCAGACAAGUACUCUUGGCUGGAGAACUACGCCGGCAGUUCUGGGCUGCGCAGCCCCGUGCCCUCGCAGGUGCUGUCGCCGCAGGGCGUGCCAGUCGAUCAACUAGAAAUCGAUCGAUGGGAAUCUGCUCUUACGUACUGCCCUCUGCUGCAUGAACCUGCCAGCUACAUCCCAGACACAGUGGAUCUGACGCAAGAUGCAGAAGCCAGGGAAUAUUGGCUGCAAUGCUUUGAAGAAUCGGUGGACAAAUUUGUAGCGAGGGCCAUACAGAGUCAACCAGACAGUCCUUCUGCUAAGGAACGUGCUCACAAAUUCCGGGAGAAAUAUGUCUCCCGUCUUCAUUAUUUGAAGCAUCAACCUUUAAGGGAAAGAACAAAAACAGGUGGAGAACGAGCGAGCCCUCUCUCUGCUCGAGAAGCGCUUGCAGCAGUUGGAUGCGAUGGAGUGGAUACCCCGGCAAGAAGCCUUGGUCACAUCGGUGCUGGCCGGCAACAUGUUCGACUGGGGAGCUCGAGAAGCCGCCCUUGGCUGAUCGAUUGCCUGGAUGAGUGGAUCGACCGCUUGAAGGGCCCUCCCCACCGCUGCGCAGCCAUAUUCGUUGACAACAGCGGAGUCGACAUCAUCCUUGGAGUUCUGCCCUUUGCGAGAGACCUGUUGCAGCGAGGCACUCAGGUGAUCUUGUGUGCCAACUCUGCACCAGCCCUCAAUGAUGUGACCUAUUCUGAACUGCAAGUGUUGUUGAAGCAAGUGGCUGGGAUCUGCGGGGUGUUUCACUCUGCGCUGGCGGAAGGCCGCCUAGUGGCCAUGGAGUCAGCGCAGGCCAGUCCAUGCCUGGACCUCAGUCGUCUGAACCAGUGCUUGGCAGAUACUAUGUCGCAACGAAAAGUGGAUCUGUUGGUGAUUGAAGGAAUGGGAAGAGCAUUACAUACCAAUUUAGAGGCAAAAUUUACAUGUGAAUGUCUUAAAUUGGCAGUAAUAAAAAAUCGGUGGCUUGCAGCUCGUCUUGGUGGAGAUAUGUAUUCAGUGAUGUGUAGUUACAAACGACCACACACAAAGAACAUUGACAGUUCUGUUAGCAGAUAGGGCUGAAUAACUAUUUUACAUUAUUAGUUGAGAUUGCAGGGUAAUUAUUUAGUGCUUAUAUUAUAAUUGGUUUUAAAGUUUCAGGAUGUGUAAUGACACUGAUUAUUUGUUGCUUUUUCUUCUUAAAAGAUAUUACAUGAGAGGCAAAACGAGUUAAAGAAUCCAAAAAAAUGCAUACUUACAAGGUGCUUAUGUUAUUUGUUAAGGUUAUGUUGAAAGCCAAAUGUAUAUUUAAUUUGGAAGGUACAUGCUGUUCUUGCAAAGUUAUGUUUAGUGAAUUAAUGGUCACCCCAGUUUUUAAAAAAUACUUGUACUUCAUAAAUUCAGUAUUCAUUAACUAGUUUGCAUAUUUUAUUAUCAAAGUGCCAUUAAUAAAUAAAAUGGGAAUUGAUCCAAAGCGACACAUUUGCUUGUGAGCGACAGACAGAGAGGUUGAGUGAGAGAAACAAGGCAGAUAUCUGCCAUGAUUAGGCAGUAACAUCACUGGCACAAAUCUACUUAACCGUGUUAGAGGAUUAGGAAUGUUAUUCCUGAUUUGAUGUCUGAAAAUGUUAUAGUUCCUUGAGUGUGUGUGAUAUUGUUUAUUUGUUUGUUUUUUGGAUGAUGCAUGGGGCUAGCAGUAUUCCCUGGACCAUUCCACCAGCUACAGGAAAUAAAAAACAAAAAUUAUCGUGUGGUUGAUUGGUUCUGAAUUAUUGUUAUAUCCAAUCCAGAAUGUUUAAUGCCUCCAUGUGUGUGCAUGUGGUUGUGUUUGUGCUUGUUCUUUUAGUAUAUUGGUUUGGUUGUUUUGUGAAGAGAGUCAUUACUGAAGCACGUUCUGAAUGAUGUGUGGUUUGUGUGUGUUAUGGUACUAGUUGUUUUAAGUCAGUAGUGUUUUUAUUUGUUAAAAUACAUUUACUAGUGGGAACAUUUUACAGGAUGGCCACUUUCUUGAAAACAUUGGGAAACCACGAAAAAUCAGUAAAUGUCAUUGCUCUGGAAAAGAUGGAGAAAAAUCAAUUUGUUGAAGAAUCAUCAGUUGUCAGGGAAGAUUUUGAGGUUAUGAAACUAGAUAUUAAUUCUUAAAAAUAUUAGCAAAGCAUUAUUUGUGCUCAAUUUUUAUUUGGGAAAAAAUAUUGUUAAUUUGUACUUGCUGUGAGAAAGUUAGGGAGCUGACCGAUUAGAAUCAGAGAAGCUUUAAUAUUUUCUUAAAGUAAUGUGAAAUUGCAAAUCUUAUUUGGAAAAAGUGCACUGAAAAACUGUGAAAUGCCAGGGAAAUUUGUUGAGAGAAAUGAGCGGCCAUCCUGUUUUAAAUUUAUUACAUUGGAGACUCUUAAGCUACAUCAAGAAUAAUCAUACUAAGCAAAGAUACCACCUAUACAUCCACAGCUCUUUAGGAAGAGAUGAUUGCAAAACAAAUGGGACAGACCAAAAGGCAAUGAAAUUUGAAAAGAAAUUAUUUUUCACUUGAAUUCUACCCUCUACUCCCAAAUUAAGCCCAUAUGUAGUUCUCCUGCCAAAUUUUAUUUUGCAUAUAUUUGAAGCUUUGUGCAAAUUCUUGCAUAUUAGAUUAAUUUUUUUUAAAUGUUGAUUUACUUUUUAUUAUAAUUAAUGUAUUUGACAUGGGAAGGUAAGUUCAAAUAAUAGGGAAUAAUAUAUAAGAGAAACAGAAAGUAAAAGUAACAGAAUUCAUCUUCAAGUAAAAAUAGAAGUGCUCUUUGGAAUUAGGGAACAUUAUAUUUCAUAGUCUCCACAAUUCAAGAAACACACAACCAUGGUUGCAAAGAGGAUAAUUUCGUUCAGUUUGAAAACAGUUUACUUUUGAUGUCCUAAACAAGAUGUACAGGAGCUGAAAUAAAACUAGUGACCUGCAGUAGCAAAAAUGCAGCUGAACAAAAUCAAACAAAACAAUUUUCCAAAAGUAACAUGCACACUUUUCAAGAACAACAAAUAAAAUAUUCUCUUUUAAAACUGCAGUAAAUUAAAUAUUUUAACAGAAAUUAUGUUUUUGGAUUUUUCCAAGAGUUGUUGGAUGUUAAUGAAACCACCUACACCUUUCACAUCGUUUCUUUUCAGUUCCUAGAUACAUGGGAAAGUAGUAAUGUAGAUACUAAUUAUACUAAUGGAUUGUACUCUACAGCGAAAACAAAUAUUUCCUGUUCAGUUGCUGGAAAUGUGAUUUGUGUUGCUUGUUGGAAACUUCUUUAGUCUGAAAGAAAAUUCAAAAUUUUCCAGCACAAUUUAACAAGUUGAUGUUUGAACUUCAAUAAUAUUUUAUUAUCAGCUUUAUCAAUGAUUAAAGAUACCCAAUAAUAAUCAGGCAUUCAAUCAAAAAGUUCCUGCUGCCUUCUUGCUCUUCAUCAACAGAUUUUUAUUUCAAUAAUUUUUUUGUUUUAAUUGUCUCCAACAUUUCUCUUCAUAAAUUAUUAUGGCAACAUUAACGUGUAAUUAAUAAAAUUAAUCUGUGAGCCUGGCUGUAAUUAGCACAUAUCAAGGUACUUUAUAGUUGGCAAUCAGUACAUAAAUUGAUUUAAAGUUUGUGUUUUGUGCAUAAAAAUAAAACUGUUUUCAAAAUGUAGGUUUUUCUAUCAACAUUUUGUUUUUGGGAGUGUCAGUUUUUAACUGAUAAAGAUACAGUACCUAUGCAAACAAAAUUGUUAAGUGUUUUGCAUUGCUUCCUAGUAAAAUAUAUUUGUUGCCAUGUAGGUUUCAAACUAUUUUGUGCACGAUUUCAAAUUUAUUUGUGUAUAUUAUAUGGCAUAUUUUAGAUAUUUUUACUAAAUUCAAAUUCAGGUUCCACAUUUAACACAUUUACUCAAAUUAAUGAAACCAGGAUCCAAACUUAUUUGCACAAUUUGAAUUUUAACCAAUCUAUUUCUCAUUAAUAUGGUUGAAAAGGUUUAAUCUUUUGGAUAUUACAAAAUUAUUAAGUUAACAGUGCAUUAAAUAAUGUUCUGUAGAUUCUCUUGAUAUUUGAACCUUUUACUUAAAAACAAGUUAUUUGCAUGUUUUGUCUACUAAGACUUAACAAAAUUAAUUACAUAUUCUUUUCAAGUUUAUCUACAUCAGAAUAUUAUAUUCUUCUAUAAUAUUGCAAAUGCAGUUAAUUUUCUUUCAAAUACAAAAGACCCUAAAAUGUGUUAAAAAGGAGGUAAAUUUUGUCAAAAACUAGCACGCUUGUUUCAAUUCCUUUACAUUUUCUUUCCUAUUUGAAAUUUUUGAAAAGGGGGUUAUAACAAAAUUACAUGUACUAACUUGUUUUAACUCUGAAUAGUUGAGUUUAUUUCUUUAUGUAUUUUUUUUCAGUUUUUAAAUCCUAAUAAAAUGCAUAUGUAAAAGUAAUUAAUUACUGACCAUAAUCCAUUUAUAAAGAACUUUUAAAAAAAUGUAUUUAUUCAAUAAUAUAAAAAGUUAUAUAACAGAUGACAAAACGUUUUUCCUAUUUCUUAAGGAGGCUCAUAUCUUUGAUCCGGCAUUUUACAAAACAUAAAAUAUGUAUCAUUAUCAAAAUAAUCAUAUUAAUAUUAUAAAUGUUCACUUUUGAUUUCAAGAUGAUUAUUAUUAUUAUU